AAGAACGUGGACGGAAAGAGACGCCUGCAGGAACAUCUGGACCAGAUGACCAAACUAGCAGCUGAAGAGGAGCUUUGUGAUGCUGAGCGCUUCAGUGAUGUCAUUGACUUUGAUGUUCAGGAAGAUGUGAAAUACUGUGGGCAGCUGUGGGAGGGCAGUCCACCCACGGCUGCUCCUAAUCCAGCUUACAGCGAGAGCCUCCAAGAAGUGAAGAACACCAUCCUCUCUAAAGCUUCAAAGUCUGCUGGGAUCACUCUCUCACAGCUCAGAACCAAAAUUCAGGACCUGUGGAACGCCCUCCUCAGUGAGAACUUUGUUUUCAGUGUCAAGAACACACUUGAAGUUGUAGUGUACAGAAAACUGGAGGCCCUGGCCAGAAAGCAGACCUGGAUCCUGAUAAGAAGCAUGAAGACCACUGAAGACCAGCUUUUUAACACAACUGAAAGUGGAACGCUCUACGAGGCAGCAGAUCAGCACGGAGGAGCCAGAGGAUUCAAUGAAUCAGAAGAAAUUCCUGGACAUAAAGAAGACCUGCAGCACAAAGACACUGCUGCAGCAGCUGCAAAGAUUCAACAACAUUUAGAAAAACAAGAUAAUAUUCCACUAAAUAUCGCCAUCACAGGAGAAUCUGGUUCUGGUAAAUCCACCUUUGUUAAUGCUUUCAGAGGUGUGAGUGAUGAUGAGGAGGGAGCUGCUCCUACUGGUGUGAAACAAACCACCCCAGAGGUCACAGCGUACCCCCAUCCCAACUAUUCCAAUGUUACUUUGUGGGAUCUUCCUGGAAUCGGCACCACCAAGUUUCCGGCAGAUAAGUACCUGAAGCUUGUUGGAUUUGAGAAGUUUGACUUCUUCAUCAUCAUCUCAGACACUCGCUUCACGGAAAAUGACGUGAAACUCGCAAAGGAGAUUCAGAAGAUGAAGAAAAAGUUCUACUUUGUUCACUCAAAGAUCGACAACGAUAUAAAUGCUGAGAGGAGAAAGAGAGACUUCAGUGCAGAGAGGACUCUCAAAGUAAUCAGAGACGACUGCGUUCACAGUCUACAAGGCAUCAAGUCUCCACGGGUCUUCCUGGUGUCGAGUUUUAAGCAGCGCUGGUGUGAUUUCUCUCUUUUACAAGAGACCUUAGAGAGAGAACUUCCUAUGAAGAAGAGAGAUGCUCUGCUGUGUGCCAUGCUCAACAUCAACCCAGAGAUCAUCAACAAGAAGAAACAAGCUCUGAAGUCCAAAAUAAAAUACUGGGCCACUCUGUCUGCAGCUGGAGCAGCUGUUCCACUUCCUGGUCUUUCUAUUGCUGUUGAUGCUGCAUUGCUGGUUGGUGCUGUCACACAUUAUGUUUUUGUGUUUGGUCUCGAUAUCCUGUCUUUGAAGAGACUUUCUAACAGAACAGGUGUGCCCUACGCUGAUCUGUGUGCUGUCAUCAUUUCACCACUGGCUGCAGUAGAAAUAACUACAGAGCUCCUCUUGAGGGUGAUAGCCCAAGCAGAGGAAGCAUCCAGAUUUACUCCAUUAACUGGAAUUCCAGUAGCUAUGAGCCUCUCUUCCACUACAACUUCUAAAGUUCUGAAUGUUAUCCUCAAUCAGCUCGCUGAUGAUGCUCACAGGGUGUUUGAAAAAGCUCUGGAGCUAUAAAAAUAAAAGGCAAUGAAACUGAUCAGUGUGUCAGAGGCUUCAGCAGGUCUCAUUUCCUCUGAUCAGAGCAGAAACAGAUUAACUUCUCCCAGCUUCACACACUGAAAUUUAACUCUUCCUCACAUCAACACAGGAACAAAUGUGAUCUCACCACUCAGAUAUGAACUGUGGCAACAUUAUAAACUUUGUAAAAUGUAGAAGAGCUGCUGAAUAGUGUUAUUGUUUUUUUAUUUUUUAUUUUUUUGUGUAAUGAGUUUC